AUGGAUUCAAAGUUCCAUGCACUUAUGUAUCCAUGGUUUGCAACUGGUCAUAUGACUCCAUUCUUGCAUCUUGCCAACAAAUUAGCUGAUAAAGGUCAUAGGGUCACUUUCUUGCUUCCCAAGAAAACUCUAAAACAAUAUGAACAUCUCAAUCUGUUUCCAGACAAAAUUGUCUUUCACUCCGUCACUGUUCCUCAUGUCGAUGGUCUCCCCAUCGGCACAGAGACAGCCUCGGAAAUCCCGGUGUCAUCAACCAAUCUCUUAGCCUCUGCAAUGGAUCUCACACGUGCUCAGAUCGAAGAUCAGGUCCUAGCCGUAAAACCGGACCUCAUCUUCUUCGACUUUGCUCAUUGGAUUCCGGAAAUGGCUAAAGAUUUUGGCGUCAAGACUGUGAUGUAUGUUGUGGUGUCUGCAUCGACUAUAGCUAGUAUGCUUGUUCAAGGUGGUGAGUUAGGUGUUCCUCCACCGGGAUAUCCUUCAUCAAAAGUUUUGCUUCGUAAACAAGAUCUCUACUCCAUGAAGUCUAUAAACAAUGACGGAACAAAAUUCAUGGAACGAAUCACUACAAGUCUUAUGAACUGCGACGUCAUUGCUAUAAGGACGGUAAGAGAAAUCGAAGGAAGCUUUUGCGACUAUAUCGAAAAGCAUUGCAAGAAAAGGGUUCUCUUGACGGGUCCGAUGUUCCCUGAACCAGACGAGACUAAACAGCUAGAAGAAAAAUGGAGUAAUUGGCUCAGUGGAUUUGAACCAGACUCGGUUGUGUUUUGUGCGUUGGGGACACAAGUUGUUUUGCAGAAAGAUCAGUUCCAAGAACUUUGUUUAGCAAUGGAACUAACAGGUUUGCCGUUUCUUCUAGCGGUUAAGCCACCAAGAGGCAUAUCAACGAUUCAAGAAGCAUUGCCAGAUGGAUUCGAGGAGAGGGUUAAAGGACGAGGAGUUGUUUGGGGAGGAUGGGUUCAACAAGAACUGAUAUUGUCUCAUCCAUCUGUUGGGUGCUUUGUGAGCCAUUGUGGUUUUGGAUCAAUGUGGGAAUCUUUGAUGAAUGAUUGUCAGAUAGUUUUGAUUCCACAAUUAGGUGAUCAGAUCCUCAACACAAGGUUGUUGAGUGAAGAACUCGAGGUUUCGGUUGAAGUGGCUAGAGAAGAAACAGGAUGGUUUUCGAAAGAGAGCUUGCGCGAUGCAAUCACUAGUGUGAUGGAAAGAGAGAGUGAAACCGGGAAAUUGGUGAGGAUGAAUCACAAUAAGUGGAGGGAGACACUAUUUAGUCCUGGUGUAAUGAUCGGUUAUGUCAAUAACUCCGUCAAUUCCUUACAGGAUCUAGUUUAUCAAUGAGCUUAAAUCUACGUGCACAUAACUAAACAGUAGUUUAGUAAUUUGUGUUAGUGCAGUCUUUUGUGAAAUUAUAAAAAACGACAUGAUGAUGCUUUUAUUGCAGGUACUAGCGGGUGAUCAAUAAGGUUGUAUAAACCAGAGUAUCUUAAGUUACUUCUGUUUUUUUUUUUUUAAAGUUCUCUUUAGAAUCAUUUAGGUCUUGGUUAGUUGGUUUGUAUG